AUGGGUCGGUGUGUGACCGCUGGCCAGGCAGCCAUGACGACUGUUGCAUGGUGGCGCAAAGUUGGCGAGAGGUGGAUGGGAUUGAGCUCUGUCAAGGUCCCCGGAAUUGAACUGGAUAACGGUCCAUCAGUCAACCUCGACGCUCCAGGCCCGAUGGAUGUCCGUUCAAUUCGUGUCCCUCGUGCAACACCCGUCCAAGCUCGCGCCAUGGCGUCCCGCCGCGAUCUGCUACACGAAGAGGAGCGCGCCCUGGUGCCUCCGAAUGUCAGAGAACGACUCACCUCCGCCAUUCCGGCCUCGGACGUUACAAAAGUUUGCCUGCGCCUCCGCCACCUCGUCCAAGAAUGCGUCCCCUGCGAAAUGGACGAGUCGCGCAUCACGACACCACAUAGCAAAGUCAUUACCAAACAGGUGAUUCAUGCUGCCAAGGAAGCCGGCGGCGAGGCUCACAAGUCGUGCGUUGUCUAUUCACUCCUCGUCAACCAGAGAUGGUUUCGCCGCGAGGCGCUUGCCGAGUUAUGGGACGCUGGGCUGCAUAACCUGCGCGCCGAGGCCUGUGGCGUCAUUGCCAAAGCACUCAUCGAAACCGAGGACGACACUGAAUACCUCAUGCACGUCAUCUUGCUCCGCCGCUAUUCGUUCCUCGUCGACGGCACGCCGACAACCCCCGUCAACGUCAUUGAAAAGGCCGUCGACUUGCACUCGGUGCGCGUCAUUGGUUCUUCUGGCUACCAAAAAUGCAUCAACUACCUCUGGAGUGGCUGGCUGAUCCAGGACGAAAACGACGCCGCCGUCUUUGUCGACUACAAGGGCAAGGACAAUCCCAACUUUUUUGCGCACAUGGACCCGGAUCGUAUGCGCGCGCCGCGGUACCAGAAUGCCGCCCAGCUCCUCUUCUCUCUCAUCUACCUCGGCUUGUACACGGCAGCCAUCAAUUCUGUCAAUAAAGGCGGCGUGUUCGACGGCGCAGAGGUUGCGCUUUACAUCUUCACCCUUGGCUUCACAUGCGACGAGCUGCUCAAGUUCUACAAGGCCGGCUACCAGAUUCUGGGCUUCUGGAAUGCCUUCAAUGGCUUGCUCUACUCCUUCUUGACCGUGUCUCUCGUCUUUAAAAUCAUUGGACUCAUGCACGACAUUGAUUCCGUGGCCAGAGAAUCCUAUAGUCGGCUGAGCUACAACCUGCUGGCCUUUAUUGCGCCCAUGGUUUGGUCCCGACUCUUGCUCUAUCUCGACAGCUUCCGCUUCUUUGGCGCCAUGCUCGUCGUCCUCAAGGUCAUGAUGAAGGAGUCCAUGAUCUUCUUCGCCUUACUCAUCAUCAUCAUCAUUGGCUUCCUUCAAGCGUUCAUCGGCCUUGACAUUACGGAAAAUAAUGUCCUUGACGACGUGCCAUUCAUUGUCGACUCGAUGCUCAAAGCCAUCUUGCAAAGCCCGCAAUUCGACGACUGGGAAUCAUUUGCUCACCCGUGGGGUAUUAUUCUCUACUACUGCUUUACUUUUGUUGUCAUGAUUAUUCUCCUCAAUAUUCUCAUUGCGCUGUACAAUUCGGCCUACGAAGACAUUUACGAAAACGCCGACGACGAGUAUCUGGCGCUUUUUGCCCAAAAGACGAUGCAGUUCGUUCGCGCCCCCGACGAGAAUGUGUACAUUGCUCCCCUCAAUCUCAUCGAGAUUGUCGUGUCGGCUCUAACCGAGUGGUGGCUACCAAAGCACAUUUAUGAAACCAUUAAUGACUGGAUCAUGGCAUUCCUGUAUUCGCCUCUACUUGUGGUGGCUGCCUAUUUCGAGACGAAGACGGCACACAGAAUCCGCCAGAACCGUGCUAAGGGCGAGGAAGACGACGAUGUGGUCCACGAAUGGGAGCAGAUGGCGCACGAAAUGGAUUUCGAAGCCGAGGGGUGGACCAAGACUUGUGAUUCUGUGCGCCCCAAUGUGGAGGACGAUGCGGCCGUGCUAGAAGUGCGGAAGCUUCGAUCUGAAGUAACAGAGCUCAAGACGAUGAUUACCAAGCUGAUAGAGGAGAAAAAGGCGUAG